UUUUGGCUCAGCGUUAAGCUCUUCUUCUUAUUUUUGUAAGAAAAAGUGUAAAUAACAAGCGCAAAGUGGCUAGCACAAACGAAAAUUAAAUCUUAAACAAUAACAACAGAAUGUUAGACACUGAAUAAUGGAAAACAUUGUUCACAAUUUUGCCAAAAUCAGUUUUCAGCCCAAGGAGGUUGUGUUGACAGAAAAUCGUUCUGCACCCAAUAACUUUACUUGGAAUUUUAAGCCAAUGCCUGGCCACACUGUCUCCUCGCCGCCCGAUGCCAUGUUGGAGUCGGAAAGCGGCGACACAGAUCAAUCGGAUGAGAUCGAUUCACAGCUAAGUCGAGGCGAGGACAACGAUGAGAGCGACAGCAGCAGCAGCUGCUACAGCCAACGCGGUCAGCAACGUGGUGGCGUCGCGCGACGUCGGAUGCCUGCUCGCAUCUCCAAGGACAAUUUCAAUCGUGUAUGCAGCGCCAUCAUGAAGCCAGCAAAAAAGAAGCGACGGGAAACGCUGCACACCAACGAACAGACGUUGAAGAGCAUCGAGAAGAUCUACACUAGCAAGCGAAUGAAGAAGUUUACGCCCGCCAAUUUAGAGACGAUCUUCGAGGAGCCGAGUGAUGAGAAUGCCGCCGAUGCCGAGGACGAUAGUGAGGAAUGUGGCGCCAUAACCAGCCAAGUGCGUCUGGUGAAGUUCGGAUCGAGAAAACUACGUCGCGCCAUCUCGUUCAACGAUGGUCUGCACAAGAACAAGAAUCUGAUCAAGAAGCGACGCUUGAAGGUUAAGAAGACGUUUGGCAAACGCUUUGCCCUCAAGAAGAUCUCAAUGACCGAGUUCCAUGAUCGUCUCAACAAAAGUCUCGACAGCGCCAUGUUCGAGGAGGAGGAGCAGGAGGAUGUCGAUGUGGAUGGGGCAAGCGGCAGCAAGACUGCCACUGCUGCCUCUGGUUCAGCUGCUGCCAUCACAUUCAUGGACGACAUGCAAUUGCCGCCGCUUUCCACACCAUCAGCGGUCUUCGAGUAGCCACAAGAAUAGUUAAGCUGACCAACCAACCACAUUGAUGUCCCACGUUUUCUUGGGAAUGUUGGUCAAAUGUACUGAUACCAAUGUAAUGUAAUGUUUUAUGUAAGAUUUAUUUAUAAUACCCAAUAACCCAAUACAUAUUCAGAUAUAGGAAGUGCUGUGGAGCAUGAAAAUAAUUUAAUCAUUUUGCGUAGCGACCCAAUUAAUCGUAGUAUAUCAUUUAUCAUUAAAUUAAGCAAGAAUACAAUUCUGAGAAAAGAUUCCUAUACAAAAAAAGAGAAAAAUUGGGGUAGAAUUGUAUCAAACCAUAGUUGUAAUAAAUUAUCAUCUUACCAAAUAGGGAAAUGCGUGAAAAUGCUCUACUCAUUGUUUUCACUGCCGCAAAAGUAAAGCAAACAAAUAAAUAAAUAGAAAACACAACCAU